UUUUUUUAGUUUUAAAGCGCAAAAAGACGGAUUUCUACCUUGGAACCACCAGAUAUAUUCUAAUUGGCAUAGAUAAAAUUAAAUCUAUAGCCCGGUUAGCAAGUUAUUUAUUAUUAUUUAAACUGUAACGCUUUUAAAACCGAAAGUAGAAUUUCUAAACGCUUACGUCCAUUUCGACAAACGCGAUUAUUUUUAAGUUUUAAAGCGCAAAAAAGACGGAUUUCUACCUUGUAACCACCACAUAUAUUCUAAUUUGCAUAGACAUGAUAUGUUUCUUAUUUAUACUUAAAUUUACUAUGCCAAAUAAGUUGUGUGGCUUUAACAAAUUUAUCGUAGAUUUGUCCUUUAAAUAUAAGGACAGCUACGAAAUAGAAGAUGGCAUAAAAUAUCGUGUGGUAAAAUAAUACGUGUGAUGUGUAUAUUUAAUGACAGAAAAAGAUUGCAUUUUUGUGAAAAACAACUUAUAGAGAUUAAUUAUUCUCUUGCAGGGAGCAGGGAAUGCUCUAUUUAACAAACCAUAAAAGGUCCAACUGGAUUAUCUGUAAAAGCUGACGGCAUGUAUCGAACAUAAAUCGUCGUUAAAUUAAUGUCAACUAACAUGGAAUUUUUAAGAAUAAACGAGAUGUCAGAUUACAGCCUUAGCAGCUGCUCUUCGUCGGAGUACGAAGAAAUGAUGGAAUCAGACAUAGACAUUGAUGACAUUUGGAACAAGCAGGCUGAAAUGAUGUCUGAAAUAAAACGUGACAUUGAAGCUAAAUUCAAAACAGAAUUGGCUGAUUCUCAACACAUCCGAAUUAGUAAGGUGCCAGAAACUGCAUAUAGUGAAACGAAACCGAAAGUAAAUGAAGAUGCCAUUGCAACGAAUUCUUCUAUUCAGAACCAACGCCAGACGACAGCUCUAAUGAAUAGGCAUUUUGUAAAUGAUAGUUCAUCACAAGAAGCCAAUAAUGAAACUGGUGACGAGUUGCAGUUGUCAUUAUUGCAAUCGGUAAACAUAACGAAUAAAAAACAUACUGUAUUCGAAUCACCAGGAAGUCGUUUUGAUAAAAAUACACUAUUAAUAACAACUAAGAAGAUUUCUUCGUUUAUGGAAGAUCAUAAAAUUAAAGCAGUGGAUUUAAGCGCAAUUACAAAGCAUACGUUUCUGCCGCUUGAAGUGUUUGGUAUGUGUCGGAGUAAGUCAUGUAAAACACCAGUGCUUAAUAAUCCUUAUAUUAAAAUUCCAAGAUGCGAUGAAAACAUGAAGUUAUUUAAUUCGUCAACUGCAACAGAUAUAUCAAGAGGAAUCCAUCUUUCCUAUAAUGAAGAUAAUGCAGUUGUGUGCCCUUUUGGCGACAGUGAUUUAGACGGGUCUUUGAUUAUAUCAUCUAACAUGACCUCCGGUAAGCUUUCACAGCAGGAGAGCACUGCAACUGUCGAUUUAGAUUCUUUGACUGCAACUGAAAACGUGUAUUUUCAAAUAGAUGGGUUGCAACUAGCAAAACGAAAUAUUGUUUCCAAUACUAAUCGUCCAAAUAACAGGUCAAUGUUCAGCAAACGAAGCCCAGAACGUUGCUUCAAACCGCGUGUAAAUCGUUUGAAGCAAAUAACACCUAAAACAGUUACUACGGAUUCGUAUGUAGAUUUUGUGGAUCUUACUCAACAAGUGGAUGAUGAUUCCGAUAUAGACGUAGAAAUUAUUGCCGAAUGGGACAGUAGACCAUUUAUUAAUAUAAUGAGAGAAAACAUAAAAAGCGAUCAUAAUUAUAGUUUGGUAAACCACGGGGAUAGCUUUCUGUCCCAGAAUAAACAGCACAAAAAUCCCCAUGGCAAUACACUAAAAAUAAAACAGUUACAUAUUCGAGAUGUAAAAAUGCAAAAGAAAACUGUUGAACAAAUGAUAAAUCAUGAAAACAACUUAAUAGAAAGGAACAAAAGGUUGGAAUUGAAGCAUCUUUUUGAACAUCUUCACUUUACUGUAGUAGAGAACCCCUCCCCUGUAGAGCCGAAAAUAGGUAUCAUCCGACACGCUUUGAAUGAAAUUCGGACUCUGCAAGAACGGGAACAGGAAUUGUUACGUGAGAAAAGGCACCUUGCAUUUCUAGCGACUAACAAGAGGCAGUACAUUAGAGAACUGAAGUAACUUAGAAAGAGAAAGACAAUAUAAUUUAUUUAUGUGAUUAUUUAUAAACUUUGUCCCGCGAUUGACGAUAUUGAGCAAAACGUUUGACGGUGUGGCCUGUUCUAAUAUAUAUCGCUACAUCGUCUCUAUGAGGCACUUUAAAAAGGUGUUAUUCCUGCGGGUUAUGCGCAUUUCACUUGAUUGAAUAUUUACCUAGGUCAUAUUUGCAUAACAUGUAUGUUGAUUCCCUAAAUUAUUAAGCAUGAUUGCGUAUAGUGUUUCCUAUGUAAUGUACAAAUGACUGUGUUUUCUUUAAUUUGUUCUCGCAAUACUUAUGCUAUUUAAAAGAAAAAAAUAACGUGAUGACAAUACUGAACAAAAAAACACGUUGGUUUAUAUGUUCAUCCUGUCACAAAUAUAAGCGCUUAAGACAAUGCAAUUACGGUUGGCAGUAUUAAUUUGCAACAAUAUGGGAUGGAUUCUACACAUUUUCUGUAAUUAACAAUACUGUGGACGAAAUAUCAGUCUGGUCAUAUUGUGUCAGUAAAUAACGUUAUUUGUGUUGUUCUUGUUAUGUUCUUAUUUAAAAUGAAGUUUACCUAUGUGCAUUGCAGUGUUGCAGAAUCACUGUUAUGUUCUACGGUGUGUUGUUGACUAUAUUAAGCCAAUAAUCUUCCAAUAAAAAUAUGUGACGUGGAACGAUGUUUCAAUAGUUCUUAGACAGGGAGCAUGCGUAUACGGGAGCUUACCGGGUUUAAUUGAGGUUCGUUGGAACUUACUUCCAAGAUGGCAUCGUUUUCCGAAAGUAGCGGAUAUUAUCACCCGGUAAGCUUAAAUGCCGGUAAUCAUAUUUCUUUUAUAAUGAUUACGCACUUUCGGCUCUAUAAUGUUUGUGUUUCCCUCGGUUUUUUGUUUCAAGAUCGUAGACGUCAGGAUAAAAAAGUUAUUGAAAGAAAACAGUCCACAAAUAUGUUGUCUUUCAUAAAAUGCGAGAUAUUUGAUGUACAAGUACCAUUGAAAUCUCUUAUAAUACACUGAAUUGACUCACAUGUACAGUAAAAUAUAACGCAGCACUGUAGAGCCGAAAGGGUGUAAUCAUUUAAAAGAAAUAUAAAUAUAAAGUGGAUUACCGAGUGAAAAUAUCCGCUACUCCCUCACAAAAAACACGAAAACGACGCCAUCUUGGAAGUAAGUUUCAACUAACCUCACUUAAACCCGGUAAGUUUCCGUAUACGCACCCCCCACCCCCGUAAGACAUCAUAGACGAUUCGUAUUAAAUCUUGUUUACGUGUCAAUUAUUCUGUAAAAACAUUUUUUGAUCUCAGCCAAAUAAACUAUUCAAAGCCGUUUCGUGUAUGAAAAUGGAGUUUUAUUUUUUCUACAUUUUGUGGGUGUAUUUGUUU